AUGUAUGGUCUACCAAAACUUCACAAACCGGGUAAAGAUAUUAGGCCCAUCAUCAAUUGCAGGGAUUGCCCGUUCUAUAAAUUAUCCAAAUGGUUAUUGAACAGAUUUAAGGCAUUGGAAGCAUAUGAAACAAGGAGUGUGAAAAACUCGAUUGAGCUAGCGAAAACCCUGGAGAAUGAGGAGGUGCAAGAUGAUGAGGUGUUGGUGUCGUUUGACGUGAAAUCGUUAUUUCCCAGUGUGCCAGUGGAUAAAGCACUUCAGCUGUUGAGCAAGUGGUUAAAAAAUAGUGGUUUAAUGAAGCAAAAAGUAAAAGAGUUUUUAAGAUUGACAGAAAUUUGUACCAGUCAAACAGCGUUCAGAUUUAACAACAAAAUGUACAGACAAGUAAGUGGCCUAUUCAUGGGGAACCCGAUCUCACCAUUUUUGUCGGACUUGUUUAUGAGUAACUUGGAAAUCGAGAGGAUAGUUUUUCGGCCAGAUAUGUUUUUGUUAUGGCGUAGGUACGUUGAUGAUGUACUAUCCAAAAUAAAGAAAGGGCAGCAAACCUUGGCCUUAGAGUAUUUAAACCACCUCGAGGAAUCUAUUGAAUUCACAAUAGAAGAAGAAAAAGACCAAAAAUUACCGUUUCUUGACCUUUUAUUGGAUAGAUCAAAUAAUAAGAUCGAGUUCGACAUUUACAGAAAACCUACUGAUACAGGGAAUUAUAUCAAAGGUAAUGCACACAACCCUAAAGUUCAUAAAACAGCAGCGUUUAGGAGCAUGGCAUACCGUAUGAUGAAAAUUCCUCUCAGUGAUGAGAACAGAAAGAGAGAAGAAAACAACAUCAUCAGUAUUGCCAAGAAAAAUCAUUUCCAGGAGGAGGAAAUCAGGCAAGUCAUAAACAAGGUGAAAAGGAAAGUGAGGAUGAACAACUUGACGACUUUGAAAGGAGAAACCAAAGAUAAAAG